AUGGCAGAAAAGUCUAGCAAAUCGACUAAUCUUGAGCAAAUAAAAUCAAUUUUGGAAAAGGGCGUGAAAAACCAAAAUGAAGGCGACUAUCAAGGAGCAUUGCAUCAUUGUGAACAAGCUUUAACCUAUAUGAAAUCGACAUCCAGUAGUAGUGAUGAUAUUUAUCAACUUGAAUACGAUACUUAUUACGUUAUGACUGAUUGUUAUUUAAAAAUAGGUGAAUUAAUGGAAGCUGAUAAAUGGGUUAGAAAAGCAGAGGAAUUGGCUAAAAAAUUACGAGAUGAAGUAAAGAUUUGUAUGUGCUUCCACGUCGAGGGACGCAUUAAGCAAUUGCUAG